UGAGUGGGCUGCUGGGUCAGUCGGAGCCGGGCGGGCUGAGAGGAGGCUGUGUGGGAGCCGCACGCUGUGGGUACGGGGAGGGCAGUGACAGUGACUCUCUGUGGCGGAACUUCGCUCUGACAGGGAUCCCUACGGGCUGCUCUAUUGCCCCUGCCGCGGACUAUUUCCAACCCCUUUGGGUCGCCCGGACUGGCCCUCGGAUUCCCGCUGGAUUCUCCGGAGUAUUAACCCCCCUACCCCCGUAUGGAGAAGUAUCUCCCGCAGCUCCUGGCUGAGAAGGACGCGCUGGAUCCGUCAUUCACUCACGCACUCAGGAUGGUGAAGGAAGAGAUUGAAAAACUACAGAAGGGAGAAGACAACACAGAAGACCAAUAUAUCGACGUGGUGAUCAACAAGAAUAUGAAGUUGGCCCAAAAAGUCUUAAUUCCUAUUAAACAAUUCCCAAAGUUUAACUUUGUUGGGAAACUUCUGGGGCCCCGUGGGAAUUCCUUGAAAAGACUGCAGGAAGAUACGCUGACAAAGAUGUCCAUUCUGGGCAAAGGGUCUAUGAGAGAUAAAGCAAAGGAGGAGGAGUUAAGGAAGAGCGGAGAAGCUAAAUACUAUCAUCUGAAUGACGACCUCCAUGUCCUCAUCGAAGUGUUUGCUCCCCCAGCAGAGGCCUACGCCAGGAUGGGACAUGCACUGGAAGAAAUCAAGAAAUUUCUCAUUCCUGAUUAUAAUGAUGAAAUCAGACAAGCACAACUGCAAGAACUCACCUAUUUAAAUGGUGGCCCCGAAACUACAGAAGCCCCAGUGGUUCGUGGAAAACCUUCGAUAAGGGCUCGGGGAGUACCAGUACCAGCGUUACCCAGGGGACGUGGGGGCGUUCCUCCAGCACCUACAGGAGUACCAAGAGGGGCACCCGCUCCCAGAGGUGUAACACCAGCAAGGGUAUCCUCUGCACGCGCCCGCGGACUGGUGGCCACAAGAGCAAGGGGUAUCCCACCCCCAGCAGGGUAUCGGCCUCCACCUCCAGUUCAAGACACCUAUGGAGAAUAUGAUUACGACGACGGCUACGGCACGGCUUACGAUGAGCAGAGUUACGACUCCUACGACAAUAACUAUAACUCACAAGGACAAAGUACAGCAGAUUACUAUGAUUACGGACAUGGUCUCGGGGAAGAUUCCUACGACUCCUAUGGGCAAGAAGACUGGGCUAACUCGAGGCACAAAGCACCACCCGCAAGAGCAUGCAAAGGAACCUACAGAGAGCAGCCAUAUGCAAGAUACUGAUUGUACAGUCUGACCUUGUGAAUUAUCAAGUCUCCUCCAGCCCUGUAUACUGUUCAAAGUAAUUUUUUUCUAUGAACACUCCCUUUAUAUUAAAAACGUGCUAAUUCUUUAAGUGGAUGGACUGAACCAACUAUUUUUUUUUUUUUUUUUUUGUUUUUUUUUUUUUUUUUGACCAAAUUAAAAAAAAAAAAAAAAAAAACGAGUUGUAAUAUGACAUUGUUAUUUUUUAGUCUGUAUUUGAAAAUAGGUGGUCAAAAGGAUGAACUUAACCUUGAUUAACUAGCGUUAAACAAGUUUAGCGGUCCUAAAUCUGUUAAUCCAUUCUUUUAACAUAAGCGUAAUAUUUUUUAUUUCACUGGCUACCGUUCUCUUGUAAAACCUGCAUAAGGAGCAAAACUACAAAUGCAAAUAACGUGGUAUCUUUUUGUAACGAAAGUCAUGAAAUGUACAAUGUAGUGUUGAGCAAAAACAAAAAAUUUACUGUUGCUUAAUACUAAAUAAACUUUUGAAAUUAAACGCA